AGACUUUUUGAUCCCAACAACCAUGGAUGACUAUGAUAUCCGAUCCGCAGCGAGCAUCCUGGCCUCUGUCAAAGAGCAGGAGGCUCGCUUUGAGCGGCUCACCCGAGCCCUGGAAGAAGAACGCCGCAACGUCUCCCUGCAACUCGAGCGGGCCAACCAGCCCUCGGAUCGCAUAAACGUCUGCAACAUUGGCAGUGGGCAGCCCCUAGCGACUGCUUGGCAGCAGCUGGUUCUGCAGGAGCAAAGCCCCAGCAACCAGACCUCUAUAGCAAUGAUGCAGGAGCCCCAAGAGAAGGUAGAGGAGACGGUGACCGUUGAAGAAGACCCUGGUACCCCCACGUCUCAUGUUUCUAUUGUGACUUCAGAAGACGGGACCACCAGAAGGACGGAGACAAAGGUAACCAAGAUGGUCAAGACCGUCACAACUAGAACGGUGCGCCAAGUUCCCCUUGGUCCUGAUGGCCUCCCAACGAUGGAUGGAUCCUCCCCCAUGGGUAGCUACACUGACUCCAUAGACAGAAGGCAGGUCAAGAACGGAGAACGGUACAUCACCCCCCAGGCAUCGUCCACUCUGAACCGAGCUUACAACAGCUACAACGAUUCCUAUCCAGAGAGUCACGAUGGCCAAUAUCGUUCCUUCGUAAGCCACAAUGGUUAUGGAGACCUGCCGGACAAUUAUGGAAGCUUGUCCCGGAGUGUCAAUUACCGCCCGCAUUACGGCUACGUACCGGGGAACAAUUACCGGCCCGAGGAUGGUAGCUUCACUUUGCCAAGCAGGAGGGAUAACUAUGGACCUCUGGCCCAGCCUCAGGUGCCGACGGGCAGCAACGCAGACCUGAACCGCUCCCAGCCGGAACGGUUCCAACCGGAGCCGUACGGGCUGGAGGACGAUAACCGCAGCCUCGGAAUUGACGACGAAGGUUAUGAACUCGAUCCAGAGUACUCGACGGUGAAUCGGAGAACGUCGGCUGGGAUGCCCGAGAGAGGGAGGCCUCACAAGGGAAGCAGGAGCUAUGAGGAUCCGAUUGAGAGCGAAAUCGUCAAUGAGAGGAUUCCUUACUUGCAUGGCAGCUACGCAGCACCUUUGGCGCAACCCGAAAGGGGUAGCAUGGCCAGCAUCGACCGCCUGGGCAAGCGCUCCCCCUCCAUUGACAGCAUCCGCAAAGACCCCCGGUGGCGAGACCCGGAUCUGCCCGAGGUCAUCGCCAUGCUCAGCCAUCCCAUCGAUCCCGUGAAAUCCAACGCAGCUGCCUACCUCCAGCAUCUCUGCUAUGAGAACGAUAAGAUCAAGAAGGACGUGAGGCAUCUCAAGGGCAUCCCUAUCCUGGUGGGUCUGCUGGACCAUCCCAAGCCUGAGGUCCACCGCAAAGCAUGUGGGGCCCUCCGGAACAUAUCCUAUGGGAAGGAUAAUGAGAACAAAGUGGCCAUCAAGAACUGCGAUGGGAUCCCAGCUUUGAUCCGGUUGUUGCGCAAGACGAAUGAUAUGGAAGUACGAGAACUCAUUACAG